AUGGAUGAUCGUCCUAAAAUUGAUGAUUCUGUUCUUCGUGAUCGAGGUAAGCCGUCGUUUCAGUAUAAGGGUUUGACAAGUCGAGUGGUCAAUAUUGAUGGUAAUCCGGUCUUACCUAGAAGGGGUUCUGUGCAAUUGCCGCAUCCAGUGGAUAAAAAUUUUAAUGUAAUUGAUGAACUUGUUAAGAUCACUGUUCCGGUUUCUCAAUCGGAAUAUGAUGCUGCUUGGUCUAAAUCUGAUGGGGGUGUUAAUCUGGAUGGUCAGCCGCCUAAGGGAUCUAGUGCCAAACCUAUGUCUUAUGCAGAUACGGUAGCUGCUAAUUCUGUGAAGAAAGUUAAUUUUCGGUCACUUGCCAGUUCCGAGAAGUAUGAUGGUUGUGAUGUUGUCCUUCCAAGGGAAUCAGUUCGUUCUAUGCAAGAUAAGAUGGCUAACACUCUUUAUGGGUAUUUCUUAGGUGAUCGGGUUGCUUUCCCAGUGGUUGAUUAUUUUGUGCGCACAAAUUGGAAAAAAUAUGGGUUACUUAAAACUAUGAUGAACGCGAAUGGUUUUUUCUUUUUCAAGUUUAAUGAUGAAGUGGGUAUGUCGAACGUCCUUAAGGAUGGACCAUGGAUAAUCAGAUUGCAACCUUUAUUUCUUGAUAACUGGACGCCAACUACUAAGCUUGAAAAGAAGGAGGUCAAGAAAGUUCAAGUAUGGGUCAAAAUCCACGAAGUUCCUUUAGCAGCUUAUACGGAGGAUGGCUUGAGCUUGAUUGCAACAACUAUCGGGGAUCCAAAAAUGCUUGACUCGUUUACCACAUCUAUGUGCAUGGAAUCCUGGGGCCGUAGUAGCUAUGCUAGAGCUCUGAUUGAGAUAUCAGCAGAUAAUGACCUCCGGGAAGAAAUUUCAAUGGCAAUACCAGAACCUGAAGGGGAGGGUUUUAUUAAAGAGACCAUGUUUGUGGAAUAUGAGUGGAAUCCGCAUCGGUGUGCUAAGUGUUGUGUCUUCGGUCAUGCGACUGAUGUUUGUCCUAAACAGCCGAGGAGACCGGGUAAAGCUAUCCAGGAAAACCAAAAUUGGAAUGCUCAAAAGAAUCGUCCAGCUAAGAAGGGGCCAAUUGUGGACCAGGAUGGGUACACAGGUGUUUACGGCAAGAAAGCGGCGAAGAAAGUGGGUAUACCCGUGAAUAAACAAAAAUCAAAGUUCGAAUAUCGGCCGGUAGGUUCAAAGCCGAAGGGGGACACCAAUAAAACAUCGAGUGCUACGGAUGUAAGGUCGACUAAUCCUUUUGAUGUUCUUAACGAAGUGGAAGAUGGUGCAGGAACUAGUAACACAAAGGCGGGGGUAAACAAUGAUGAGUCCGAUGAAGAUGAGGUUAUUGAAAAUGAUUAUGAUAUGGACGGGUUUUUAAAGGAGGGUACUCUUAAUAUUAAAAGUGAAGGGGCAAGCACUCCUUCUCCGAUAGUUAAUGAUGAAUCUCAUGUGGAUGUUGGUAAUUUGGGUAAGGUGUGUAAGUCAGUCUUUCGUUCGUGGGAGUGGACUUCUAACGGUGGUUGUUGUCACAAAGGCACGAGAAUUAUUGUUGGAUGGAACCCGGCUAUCUUUGAUGUGAUGAUUUUGUCUCAAUCUCCUCAGGUUAUGCAUCUUCAGCUUGUGUUUAAAUUGGAUAAAAGAAUGAUUUUUUGUUCUUUUAUUUAUGCUGCUAAUUAUUAUGUUUCCCGUAAAGAGUUGUGGCAUAAUCUCUCAGUGCAUAAAGCCCUUGUUAAUGAUAAACCUUGGUGCAUUAUGGGUGAUUUUAACUCGGCUCUCAACAUUGAAGAUAAUUCUAUGGGAACGUCAUCGAUUUCUAUUGGUAUGAGAGAUAUUCAGGAAUGUGUGGAUAAUAUUGAGGUUGUAGAUAUCAACCGAAUGGGGAUCCAUUUUACAUGGACUCAAAAACCAAAAAAUGGGGUAGGGUUACUAAAGAAACUUGAUCGAGUGAUGGGUAAUACAGCUUUUAUAGCUGAUUUUCCUAAUUCGGUUGCCAUGUUUAAGCCGUAUAGGCUAUCGGAUCACUGCCCGUGCAUUCUUUCGUUCCCGGAUGCUGGUAUGUUGAAGCCUAGGUCCUUCAAGUUUGCUAAUUUCCUGGUUUUCAAACCUGAGUUUUCGGAUAUUGUUAAAGAUAAAUGGGAGACGUCUGUUAAUGGUGUUCAUCAAUUUAGGGUGGUAAAAAAACUCCGGUUACUGAAACACCCGUUGCGCUCCUUGCUUUUCAAGCAAGGCAAUCUGCAUAAAAAAGUUGAAAAGCUGCGCGUGGAGCUGGAUUCUAUUCAGCUUCUUAUUGAUCGGGAUCCAGCUAAUGCGGAUUUACGAGUUUCUGAGACUUCGAUCAGUCGUCAGCUCCAAGAGGCUUCGUUAGAUGAGGAACGAUUUCUGAAACAAAAGUCAAAAGUUGAUUGGUUGAGUGCGGGGGAUAUGAACUCGGCAUUUUUUCAUUCAUCGCUGAAAAUCAGAAAUCAUGUUAGUCGGAUUGAGGUGAUCAAAGAUUCGGCAGGCAAUCUUUUUGAAGGAGAUAACGUUUAUAAACCGUUUGUUCAGCAUUACGAAAAUUUUUUUGGGUCUCAAGGCGAUAUUUCUCUUACUCCGGCUCCGGAUUUAUUUUCUAAAGUCCUUGCUCCUCAGGUUGCUACUCAUAUGAUUCGACAAGUUACGGCGGAAGAGGUGAAAAAGGCCAUGUUUUCUAUUGGUAUCGAUAAAGCGCCUGGUCCUGAUGGGUAUACAGCAGCGUUUUUUAAAAGUGCCUGGCCUAUUGUUGGUAAUGAUAUUACUUGUGCUAUUGUUGAUUUUUUUGAGACAGGAAACCUUCUUCGGGAAUUGAACCACACGAAUAUUGUGCUCAUUCCGAAAAUUCCUACUCCUUCAGCUGUCAUUGACUAUCGUCCAAUUGCGUGCUGUAAUGUGUUAUACAAGUGUAUCAGUAAAAUUGUGGCUGACAGAAUAAAAAAUGCUCUAAAUGACAUCGUAAGCAUUAAUCAAUCAGCGUUUGUUCCAGGACGAAGAAUAUCGGAUAAUAUUAUGCUGACCCAAGAAUUAAUGCAUAAUUAUCAUAGACAUUCGGGCCCUCCAAGAUGUGCCUUUAAAGUUGAUAUCCAGAAAGCUUAUGACACGGUUGACUGGGGUUUUCUAAGAAAUGCUUUGCUUGGGUUUGGGUUUCAUCGGAAGAUGGUUGAUUGGAUUACGGUGUGUGUCUCGACUGCCUCUUUUUCUAUAUGUGUCAAUGGGUCAGGUCAUGGCUUCUUUAAGGGCAAACGAUGGUUACGGCAUGGGGAUCCAGUUUCUCCUUACCUCUUCACUUUGGUUAUGGAGGUUCUAACUUCCAUUCUUCAUCAUGCUGUCCGUAUCGAUUCUUCUUUUAAAUUUCAUAAUAAAUGCGAAAAACAGCAGAUUAUCAAUCUUUGUUUUGCCGAUGAUUUGUUCCUGUUUGCUAGAGGAGAAGUCAACUCGGCUCGGUGUAUUAUGACAUCUCUCUCAAAGUUCACUAAGAUGUCGGGGCUAGUGCCUAGUAAUCAAAAAAGUACCAUUUUCUUCUGCAAUGUUAGUAACCAUGUAAAAGAAGCUAUUCUGGAGCUCAUGCCUUUUGUGGAAGGAAAAUUUCCAGUCAGAUAUUUAGGGGUCCCCUUAAUCUCUUCUAGGCUUGGUUAUAAUGAUUGUCGAGUGCUUGUGGAAAGACUAGAGAAGCGUAUAACACAUUGGAGGAACAAGUUACUGUCUUUUGCGGGUAGGCUUCAGCUUAUUGUUUCGGUUCUCUCGUCCAUGCACAUCUAUUGGUCUUCUGUUUUUAUGCUUCCGGCUAGGAUCAUUAAUGAGCUUGAAGCUUGUAUGCGUAACUUCUUAUGGUCCCAGGAGAGCUCGUUUUCUAAAGGCAAAUCUAAGGUUUCUUGGAAGGCUGUUUGCACGCCAAAGUAUGAAGGAGGUUUGGGCAUUAGACGCAUUGGGGAUAUGAACAAGGCUCUUAUGUUUAAUCACAUUUGGAGCAUUGUUUCGAAGUGGGAUUCUCUAUGGGUUGAAUGGGUGUAUAGCUACCGUCUUAAAGGCAAGAGUUUCUGGGUGUGUAAAACCCCUUCUAAUUGCUGUCCGCUCGGUAACUUUAUUUCGCCAAGAAACAUUUCUGAUGCUGAUUUUACGCUGGAUGAUACUGUGGCUAACAUUUACUCUCAUGGUUCUUGGUCUUGGCCUAUGGCUUGGAGAGAUUUAUUUCCGGUUCUCAUCCAAUUAGAUCAGCUUCAUUUGAAUCCGACAAAACCUGAUAGACUGUUAUGGAGAGAUGGCACUGAUAAAUUUGAUUUUUCUUCUUCGGGUGUUUGGCAUUCAAUUCGUCACAAAGAUCCUGAAGUAAAUUGGUGCAAUAUUGUUUGGUUCUCGCAGUGUAUUCCUAGGCAUGCGUUUAUGAUGUGGUUGGUAAUGAAAGGUAAACUCUUGACUCAAGAUAAAAUUUUAAAUUGGGAGUUGUCGCGGAGGAAGAAUAUGAAUAUGAUGUGCUGCCUGUUAUGUUACAAAAACUUUGACUCUCAUGCGCAUUUAUUCUUUGAAUGCGAGUACUCGUCUCAAGUGUGGCUGAUUAUUCGAAACAAGGUGGGUAUGUCUACGGUCAGACCGAUAUGGGCUGAUAUUGUUGAUUGGUUGCUGGCUCGAGCUCGGUCUAAAGCGGCAGGGUUUUUUGUUGCUAAAAUUUUGGUGGCUGCUGCUUUAUGUUUCGUUUGGCAAGAAAGAAAUGCUAGAUUAUUUAAAAACCAGUUGAGGCCUCCUGAGAAAAUCGGUGAAAUUAUAUUAUCAACGGUUAGGUACAAGCUGAUGGGAGCCAAGCUCAAGAGUACUACAAGAGUGCGAAGAUUGUUAGAAGAUUGGGAGAUUCACAAGGGAAACGUGGACGAUGAUGGUGGCUGA